AUGCAACCUGAUCGGCUUGUUCCGAUACCGAUCGAAAGUCUACCAGCUCUCCAGCAACUGUACCGUCGAGACUGGCCCCAACAUGAGAUUGUAUACAACUGCCUUCAGAACUACAUCGAAUGGCUUCGAAUCGAUAGAAAAUUGAAAGAUUUUUCUGUCUUUUCUCUUAACGAUACAUGGCGAGAGAACGGUACGUUCAUAAUACAGGACCGUUAUGAACUGUUUUUUCACACGCUCGCACACAUCAACGACACGCUAACUCGUGCUCUGAGUCUGGUAGAUUGGGACUAUUCAUGGAAGAUGACCGUUUAUUACCCUCGCCAUCGAUCGUCCGUGCUUGAAACUAUCAAGAAGCACAAUCUACAAAUCCAAUACGAAUUCUGCACUGAAAUAAUGUAUUUGAGCAAGGAAAAUGCACUCCGAUUUGAUGUUACCAUCCCGCACAACCUUCAACUACGAACAUUAACGAGCGAAGACGCUGUUAAGGCAAACUUACUCUGGCCUUUCCGAGCCGUUGGAUCGGAAUUUCUUCUCAAGCGUCUUGCCUCGUGGAACCCUAGUGUGGGACUGUUCGAUAAGACUACGGACGAAAUGGUGGCUUGGUGUUUUCGAUUGCAGUGCGGAGCACACGGAGCGCUGGAGGUUCCUGUUGAACACAGACGCAAAGGCUAUGGUACGAUCGUUGCCAAAGCACUGGCCAAAAAGUUAGCUGAAAUGGGCUUCAACUCGUAUGCCUUCAUUCACACCCAAAACAAUCCGUCGCGAGAAAUGUUUCAGAAGCUCGGAUUUGAAGCCAUCGGUAUCCUACACUGGACACGCAACGAAGCACGAAAGCUCGUCGAAUGGGAUCGGUAG